GCAGCUCAUAUACGCUCGUCUUGGUAACUUAGGUUUAGUAUUGAGCUCUUCUAUAUUCAGCUAGGUUUACGCUGCAUUCAAUACUGCAUCUCAGCGUUAAACAAUAGAAACCACGGAAUUGACAGUUGAAUAGAGCAAACAAUGGCAAUAACAAGCUACGAAUUCAUCCGCCGUAUACUGUACUCGAAUAGCAUUGUAUUGAAGAUAGCAUUAAUAGUUACCUAAUGUAGCUCUAUUCAAUUGUCAUAUUAUAUUGAUGACAUUUUAAAGGUAUAGGUUGUUUGAGAUUAGAUUUAGAUAUCUGCCAAAUGAUGAAAAGUGCAACCUAUAACCUUCGCGUUGCAAUUGCUUUGCUAUCGUGUUUUUUAUUUUCAUACAUCGUCGAAGCGCAAGAAUGCAGGGAUGUGAACCCACUGUGCUCGUUGGCGACACCUACUGAUUGUGCAACUAAUCAGUUCUACGUCUCUAACUGCAGACGAGCUUGUAGGCUAUGUCCCUCAGAUACCACGGCAGCAAUGACAACUGUACCGGCAACGACACCGAAAAUAACAACUCCACGACCACCACCACCAACCCCUCCCUCAACCUCAACCACGACGAUACCACCAAAGUCAGGUUGCGUGGAUUAUCAUCCUAUCAUAUGCCUAUUGUCUUAUGACUUCAUGUGUGCCGGGGACUAUUACCAAGUCAAUUGCAGGUCGUCGUGUGGUUUCUGCGUCCCAAAUAAUCCCCCUGAAUGUAGGAACGAGUUGACCAGCUGCGAGAGUUACGGUAGGUCGAUGUGUAAGUUCCUUUACGUUAAAAAGGCGUGCAGAAGGUUUUGUAAUGCAUGUCCUCCGUAUGUACCAACAACGACGAUUCCAAGUGUGGAGUGCCCGUUUACAAUUGGACAGCCAUAUAGACCUAUAACUCCAAGGACUACAACAACACUAGCGGCUACAACGCCAGAAGUUACAACCCCAAAAGUUACAACACCAAAAGCUACAACGCCAACUGCUUCAACGCCAGAAGCUACAACGCCAAAAGCUACAACACCAAAAGCUACAACGCCAAAAGUUACAACCCCAAAAGUUACAACACCAACUGCUACAACGCCAAAAGUUACAACACCAAAAGCUACAACGCAAAAAGUUACAACGCCAAAAGGUACAACACCAACUGCUACAACGCCAAAGGCUACAACGCCAAAAGCUACAACACCAAAAGCUACAACGCCUACUGCUACAACGCCAAAAGUUUCAACACCAAAAGCUACAACACCCGCACCUACAACACCCGCCCCUACAACACAAGCCCCUACAACACCGGCACCUACAACACAAGCACCUACAACACCAGCACCUACAACACAAGCCCCUACAACGCCUGCCCCUACAACACCCGCACCUACAACACCCGCACCUACAACACCCGCACCUACAACACAAGCACUUACAACACCCGCACCUACAACACCCGCACCUACAACACCCGCACCUACAACACCCGCACCUACAACACCCGCACCUACAACACCAGCACCUACAACACCCUCACCUACAACACCAGCACCUACAACACCCGCACCUACAACACCCGCACCUACAACACCAGCACCUACAACACAAGCACCUACAACACCAGCACCUACAACACCCUCACCUACCACACCCUCACCUACAACACCAGCACCUACAACACCCGCACCUACAACACCCGCACCUACAACACCCGCACCUACAACACCAGCACCUACAACACCCGCACCCACAACACCCGCACCUACAACACAAGCACCUACAACACAAGCCCCUACAACGCCAGCCCCUACAACACAAGCACCUACAACACCAGCACCUACAACACAAGCACCUACAACACAAGCACCUACAACACAAGCCCCUACAACACCAGCACCUACAACACCAGCACCAACAACACAAGCACCUACAACACAAGCACCUACAACACAAGCCCCUACAACGCCAGCCCCUACAACACAAGCACCUACAACACCCGCACCUACAACACCAGCGGUUACUCCAGUCUGCCAUUGGCCAACAGUUGGAUCGUCGUUUACACAAAACUGCUUAAACAUACACAACUAUUACCGCUGCUUACACGGUAGCCCAGCUGUUACGAUUGACACCACACUUGAAUCAGAAGCACAAUCUUAUGCAAAUCACCUUGCCUCAAUAGGCCAACGAGUAUUAUCAAAUCAAGAUGGAUACGGCGAAAAUUUAUAUUGGCUUUCAAUUCCAACGAUGGUAGGCACCGCUGCUGAUGCGGUCAUGUCGUGGUACGCCAAGUAUUUCUUAUAUAAUUUUGCAACACCUGGUCAGCCCGAUAUAACUGGUGAGUUUACGCAUAUGAUCUGGAGAAGCACAACAAAGAUCGGAUGCGGUCGAGCUACAGUGGGGAUAGAUACAUACAUUAUUGUGCGGUAUUCUCCCAAGGGUAGUGCGCCUUUAUCAGCCUUUUCGUCUAAUGUUGGACCUGUUUUAGCCGAGACUUGCGAAAAGAGGUGUAGUCCCACGAGUUACUGCCAAGGUUUAGAUCCAUCCACAUCCACAUGUGGUGAAUGCAACGGCGGAUAUGCGACAUGCACAGCACGCUGUACUCAGUAUUGCCCAAAACAACCAUCGACGAACGGGUUUUGGAAAGAAUUUUGCCAAGGCAGCACUAACUGCAGAUGUGACAGUAGCAUUAAUUUAGGGGUUUCGCCUCCAGAGUAUCCUGGAGCGAAGUGUACGUAAAUAUAUUGCGUAAUGUAUUAACCGUUCGGUUCAAAGACAAGCAUAUCCUGAAUCACCAUUAGCGAGAAUACAUUUCGAAUGCCGUUGACUUAUUUGUCGUUACAUUUAUGCUUUUUCUAUUAUUCUUCUGAGUGCCGAAUUAUUAUAUAUACUGUAUUACUAUUACAAUUGGAAUGAAAACUUUUGCCUUGCAUACCUAUUAAUAAAAUUUACAGGCGACCCACACUGUUUAGUUCAUUAACCAAUUUGAACAAGAAACCAAAUUAUUUAAGCAAGAAAUUAAACUUUACGCCUGACAAAAAUGUUAUUA